GCGCACACGUGCUUGCAUUUGCACAAAACGAACGCAAGCGACCACGGGAGCGCGCUCACUUAUAUAGUAAUAUUUUGAACUGAAAAGGAGAUUAGGUAGGAGACUCCAGGGCGAGCGCGCGUGUUGCUGGACUGUGAGUUUACAGCUCUGCGACCCAGCAGUGGGAUUCUUCUGAAAGGAGCUGUGACAGUUUAAUACACAAAGAACUCAAGUGGCGAACCUCUCGCGGAGUGACCCUCCCACCCCACGCAGGAACAGCUCACUGUGUGAUGCGUAUGGAGACGACAGUGAGCUUUGAGCGAUUCGGAUAAGGGAAUUAGCAACACAACAGAGAUGUGCAAAUGGCAGAAGAGCGUGUUAGUGAAGAGCAGCAUUAACUGUGCUUGAUGCUUGUGAAUUUCAAUCUUCUUACAUGCUUCAAAAGAUGAGCUUGGCAAAUGUAUUUGGAAAACCAUCCAGCACCAGUUCAUUUUGCACUUUCUGAAGUCCAAAUCCAGAGCAACAAUAGUUUUAUGACUGAAAAGAAUCUAUAACCUACUUUAUAAAAUGUUCAGUUGCCUCUUUCAUCCUGUGUCUGGUGUUUGCAGAGAUCAUGUCCAGAUGUAGAUGGUUUCUACACAUACGUGAUAUCUGGGUAAUCACACACCAUACAAUUUUUGUUUUUUGACAGAGGAUGUUCCUGGGUAGCCAAGUAUUCUAACAGAUAACCAAGGGUAGAAGCUCUGCUUUCCUAAGAACAAUAUUUUGUUCCUUAAUUUCCCUGAGUGUUGAAUAGAAAUGCUGGGUCAGUACUUUAUGUCAUCAUCUUUGUAUAUUAUCCUGCUAAAUUAUUUUCAGAAAUCAAUGUUACUCAGAACUCCUGUUUUAUUUACUUUUUGUUUAGUAAGUACCAGCAAUCCAUUAAAUGAAAACUCCCUAAAAUGAAGAAAAGCUCAUUACUCACUCAUUUGAACUUGUCCCCUUGUCUUUGAAUCUUUUUGUUACAUCAACCUAGUUUAGGUCAAGGUUAAGGAGGCUCUUCUGCCACUGUGAAAGUGUCAUAGUGUACCUUACUAUGUAAUAAAGUUUUAGUCUUCACAACUUGAUCUUCAAAGUGAUGGUACUAGUUGUAGAGAACGUGACUCCUGGACUUCUUCCAAACUGUUCCAACUGCACACGGACAGCAGCUCAAGGAGUAGACAUCACUAAAGCUGUGGUUGUUGGGCUCAUUCUAGGUAUCGUUAUUGUUUUUGGCAUUCUUGGGAACAUACUUGUUAUUGUCUCUGUGGCUUCCCACCGCCACUUACAGACUGUCACCCACUACUUCAUUGUCAAUUUGGCUGUGGCAGACCUCCUGCUCACUACUACAGUGCUGCCCUUCUCGGCUACUUUUGAGAUCCUGGGCUACUGGGUGUUUGGCAGGAUCUUUUGCAAUAUAUGGGCCGCAGUGGAUGUUCUUUGCUGCACAGCUUCUAUCAUGAGCCUGUGCAUGAUCUCUGUAGACAGAUAUGUAGGAGUCAGUUACCCUCUGCGUUACCCAUCUAUUAUGACAGAGAAGCGAGGUCUAUUGAUGCUUGUUGGACUCUGGGCUUUGUCUAUCACCAUUUCAAUUGGACCAUUAUUUGGCUGGAAGGAGCCAGCCCCUGAUGAUGAGACAAUCUGCAAAAUCACAGAAGAACCAGGGUAUGCCAUCUUUUCUGCUUUUGGAUCCUUCUAUGUGCCAAUGACCAUUAUCCUUAUUAUGUACUGCCGGGUGUAUGUGGUAGCCAAAAGAGCUACCCGAGACCUGAAACUGGGAAUGAAGAUAGAGAAAUCCAAUUCAGAAGCGGUGACACUAAGGAUACAUCGCAAGAAUGUUGUUCCAUCGGAUGAAACUCUCAGGAGUCGCACUCCCUUUUCUAUCCAACUGCACAAAUUCUCAAGGGAGAAGAAGGCAGCAAAAACUCUUGGAAUUGUAGUUGGAUGCUUCAUCCUGUGCUGGCUCCCAUUCUUCUUGGUACUGCCAAUUGGUUCUAUAUUCCCAGCAUACAAGCCCUCCGAAACUGUGUUCAAGAUAACAUUUUGGCUGGGAUAUUUCAACAGCUGUAUUAACCCCAUCAUUUAUCGUUACUCCAGUCAGGAGUUCAAAAAGGCCUUUCAAAAUGUUCUGCAUGCCCGGUGCUCCCAGUCAAGGGCUGGGUCAAUGCCUAAAUCUUCCUCGCUGGGCUGGGGGCACGGACGUCUUGGAGUGUCAGGGUCAGAUGCUCAUAGCCCAAUGACACCUGUAUACUGCCAAGUAGAGCGUGACAGAAGUGGCUGCGAAUGGAAGGUGGUACAUGGAGUCUUAACAUCAAGUGGGGAACAUCCAACUAACAGAGCCACAGCUUCAGCGCACACACGUAGUAAGACUCUGUUGCGUGAGUGCUGCUGUGUAGUAACAGAAAACACACAUCCGCCUCAAGUGCCUGUUAUCAAGGUGCACACCAUGUCGUUGUGUGAGAAUGGUGAGGCAGUUUAGGUCUAAUAGCUCUCAACAACCAAGAGAAAAACUCUAAAUUGUUACUGGACCCAAGAAGAAGAAUCAUUGAAGUAACAGAGGCCUUGUGUUCUGGGAGAUUUUGUUCUAGAGGCUGCAAUUCUACCUUGCCUUCUUCUCUCAUUCCUUUUUUCAGCUAUUUAGAUGAUGCUGAUUUAUUUCUUCUUGUCUUAAAACACAUUAGUCAAAUGAUUCUUUCAAAAUCAGCCUGGUAUUACAAGCUCAUGGGCUAGCCUUCAGACAUCAGACACAAGGAGGUCCACCUUCAAAUCAACAACAUGGAAAAACUGACAAAGGAACGGAAAGGGUACAAGAAUAGAUUUGGGGGACAUCUAACAUGGGAAGAAAAGGAGAGGACAAAGUAAACAGGAGGCACAAGAGGACUGCUGAAUUUCAUUUAGCCUGUUCCCUGCCAGUGGGGCAAUUUAUAAAGGCGUGUUCAGCUGAUAGCUUCAUGAUUGACCAAUAACUGCAUCAUUCCUCUGUGACAUGGCACCAUGCACACUGAUUACUGUAUUGAUGAUUAUUAAUUAUUGAGAAUAAAACAUGUCAAUGGUAUCAAUCAAUGGUAGAAAAAGGUAGCACCCUGACAGGAAGAUUAACAUGAAAAAGGAUGCUAACCUACUCAUGUAUGAUGUUACUUUCUCACUGCAUAACAGAGGACAUGUGUGGGCUCUUGUUGAUACGUAAACAUUUGAUAUGUCACUCUGUCAAAGCUAAAGGGAAAAAUAUGUUUGAUAUAUAUUUUCAAGAAAGAGACUCCAGCAUUUCUAACUUUUGUAUAUUUAUUUUUGGAGAGUAAAUAAACUUUGGAUUGCAGCUACUAUCUAGAUGGCUGCUGAUCCGGACCAUCACUGAAUGGAUUGGUAAAUCCAUCUGGAGUGAAGACUAUGCUGUCAAUUCUCCAUAGCCAAUACACGGUACAAAAAAGCUGUCAUUUGUGUCAGCUUCCUCUGCUAAAGUGUCAGGGCUUUUUGGUUCUAAUAGUAUUUUGCACUUUUAUUGUCUGUUUUUCUUCACAUUUGGCACAUUGAUUGCAUUCUGCUUACAAGUAAUGUGUGUGACCACCUGUGCUCCAGUGUGUAACUGCCUUGUGUAACUGCAUGAAGCACUGGUAUUGCUGUCUAAUUAGUGUGCCAAAGCGCUGUGUGUUGAAUAUGUGAAUUGUGGUGAAUUGCUCAUCUCUCAACAUGGCUUUGCUUAUGACUGAUGUGCAGCAGCUGAAGCAUUGGCCUGUCAAGGCCUCCUUUCUUUUUUAUACAGGAUCAUUCCACUGAUGCCCCCAAGUCACUGAUUUCCCGAUGAUGAGGAAACAUUUGGAAACUCUUUAGAGUUAAGUACAUAAAGUAACUAAUGUGGCCUACAUGUGACCAAAAUUUAAUCUAAUUCCUAAUAAAAGAAAAAAAGAAUCUGAUAAAAUAAUUAACGCACAGACACAUCUACCUUUCCUUAUCCUCAUUGAACACAUUGCACAAUUGCUGUCUCCCCAAAAUCAGCUUUGCUACCCACUCCUUUAUUAUGGACUUGAUGAUGCAGCUGACUAUUAGAAGAAAGUUUUUUGGAGAGACGAGAUACAAGUGGAUAAAUGGCAAACAUUUAAAACAUUGCAUUCUAAAAAAAUAAACCAAAUAUUUAUCAGUAAAGUAUAGCAUAGGUAUAUAUAUUAACUAGUAUUUAAUUUGGGAAAUAGAACUUUACGUUUUACCAGCAAAUAGUAAAGGGGAAUUUACAUAAGCUGAAACUUAACUGAAUGCUGGGCAUGUAAGCACACCAACAGUUACAUAUGCAAGAAUUGACAGAAUGAUGUUAACUUUAACUCAGUUGACACGUGAAAAGGAGUGUGCCCAUCCAAAACAGUCCCCUCCCUAUUCAAUGAAAAAUCAGUAAAAAUAAAAAUGUAGCUUUUUAUAGAAUUUAGUUGCCCUACUUAAUAUAUCUAAAUGUCCACCCUGGGAUGACAUCCUAAUAACCCCACUGACACAGGUAAAAUAUUGCUAAACUUUUUGGAGGUGCCAAUAGUUAUUGAAUCCUAAGCGUUCACUUACCUUUUUCUUGAGAAUGACCGUGUAUGUUAAAUAUAAGUCUCCAAUACUGCUUUGUCAUGGAAUCAUACCCUGGUUGCACAUUUUCCACUGUAGUAAUUGCCAGUAGUCAGCCAUGAACCUGUGAUGUCUGGAUUACAAAGGCUGUCAGAAGCUGGCUCCUUUUCACCCUGAGCAAUAAGAGAACUCCUGUGCUGAGGCACACAGGGACCACCUAUGAACACUUGAAGUGGAGCACUCCCUGGAGAUGUCAGCUGAGUGCUGUCUCUCUUUUUCUCUUUCAUUCUGCCCCCACUUUCAGUGCAACACCACCAAUACACUCCUGCUGACUACACCAAAUGCUUUGCCAUGAAAUCAAACCACGAUCCAUUCCCAGGUUACACAUUUUGCACUUUGGUAACCUACCAAUGGUCAGCUACAAACCUGCGUUUGUCUGGAUUACAAAGGCCUAUAGAAGUAGCUCCUUUUACAUUGAACAAAAGAAGAACUCCUAUGCUGAGGCAUGCAGGGACUGCCUGCAAGCACUGCAAGUGGAGCUUUUUCUGGUGAGCCCUGACCUUUGGUGCAGUACAGCCACAACAAAUACAAAUAAGGAAAGGUAAAAUAUCUGAGCGUUCUGUCUUUCCUUAGAUUCUUUUUUUAUCUAUUUUAGGACUUACCUAUGAAGGAACAUACAAUAAAUAAUUCCAAAGGGAUUGUGAAAUGUUUCUCCUUCCUGUAGGUCCAACAUUUUUGCUAAAAUUGAACUGUAUGAAAGGGAACAGCAAAGCGUAUCGCUGCACAUGACCUUCAAUGACCAGGGAACUGAAUCCAACGUUGAAAGACUGAAUUUCCGUCUAGAACUACAGAAUAAUGAAAGCCAUCCAUUGUUAGUGCAACAGAGUUCUUUCAAAUAAAUAGCAAAUUAAGUACUUGACAGCACCAGUGGAAAUCAAGGGGAAGUGCCUUCAAAAAAGGAAUAAGGAAGCACUUAUUCAUGUAAAGGAGCAUGGAAAAUUUUUUAAAAUCAACCAAAUGAAGUGGAGACUCUGAAACCUUUUUAAAAAUGUCAAGAACCACCUGAGUUAUUUGGCAGAUAAACAUACUUUAAGAACUGAAUGGUUUACACUCAUUUUUAAAAUAACAUAUUUGCUUGAAGGUUUCACUUUUUACUUUGUGUUAUUUUUUUUCACCCCUCAAUACUAAUGUUAUUGGGAAUGGCUGUGUGUACAGUGGUAGUAUCCAAACAUCAUACUGUUUGUGACAGUAACUGGAAAGAAAUGAACGCCUGUUGAAGGCCAGGCUAUCCAAUGUGUUUCAGACUGAAACGCUACAAUGAAAGGGAAGCUAUGCUCUAACAAUGACUAAAUAUUCUAGUCUGCAUAACCUUUCAUUAGAGGGCGAGUGUGUGUCUUAAAACGAGAUUAUUCUGUUCUUAAAUUUUGCUGAACAAGCUGGUCUUGUAGAUCAGGAGUUUGAAUAGAAAUAAAAGAAUCUGGUCGGCGGUACAUUACAUUCUAAAUAUUUAUUUUUUGUCAUUACAACAUUCGAAAAUCACUCCAUUUCUCACUGCAAUUGAAUGGUAUAUUUGUUUAAACUAGUAAUUAAAUGAAUGAAAAAGGUCAAAAACUUAGAUUUCCUUUUCAGUGGGUAAUAUCAUCCCAUUCUGAAAGACUGCACAAAACAAGAUGAGAUAAUCUAUAAAAAAAAGUAUGAAUCCAAAAUCCGUACAUAAUUCUCUCAUUAGCAUAAUUUUACCAUAUUCACAGUGUAAAUCAUCCUAAAUGAAUACUCCAUAGGAAAAGCUUAAUUUUUUAUGUUAUUUAUGUAGUUUGUGAAAAAAAAUUUAAUCUGAUGUUUCCAUGCAGAAUGGAGAUAAAAAAAAAGUUUCAAUAUAAGUCAGUAGUGACCAUCGUUGAACAAAAGCAAAUGUUAUCAAAAUGUCCAUGAGAAAAAUCUCACGGUACCCAUGUUGCACAAUCCACAUGUGCAGAAAUCCAUCUGUAUGCUCACAAUGUCCAAAACAGAGUGAUUAAAUAAAUAAUUUCCGGAAAAUACUGUCGUGAACUAAAACAGAACUCACUGAAAUGCUUCUGAGCAUCUGAAUGGAAGAUCCACCCAAUCCCCCUCAUUUAUUGCUCCUGAGUCCAUCCCAGUGUUCAUUAGUUAGCAUCACAUUUUAAGUGAUAUCCUCAGUGCAAAGUUCACUUUAAAGAUUAAAAGUUAAAGAAAAAUGAGGGAAAACAUUACAAGGAAGAGAAUUUAACUUGUACAUUUCCGAGAGGCUUCAAUAAGCAGAAGUUCCUUUUACCACAGAGUGCCACUAAAUAAUUCCACUCCAGUUCUGGAUAUGAAUAUAAAUGUAACGGUGGUAGGUGGGUCUACAAGUCAGGUGCUCAUUUACUUCUGAGAGCCUUCUCUUUUAGUUCAUAAGAAAAUUUUCCAGAAAUUACUUAUUUAAAAAUAAUACAUAUGUUUGGGAUGUUGUGAGUGUAUGACGGAUUAUGUGACACAAGUAACCUGAGCUUUUUUCAGUGGAUGUUUUGACAUUGUUUGCUGUUGUAUAAUGGUCACUAUAGACUUAUAUUGUAUGAGAAACUUUUUUUAUCUCCAUUCUGCAUUACAUUUGUUUUUUCUCAACCAACAAUGCAAACUUUGGGUAAGUAAAAAGUCGAAAAAUAAUCAUUUUUGGGUGGCAUUUGAAGUUCCUUCAGCCAGACAUGACUAUUCCUUCAGCAAGCGUUCAAACUCUGGAUAGAACUGACAGCAAGGCCAAUGGAUUCUCAAUUGACUGGCUUCAAAAUGGUGGAGGUAAAAGAAAUGUUUCUCUAAUAAAAACCCAUAAUAAAGAUUUGUAGUUAAUGGGUUUGUUAGGUUCCUUCUUCAGACAGUUAAAAUAUCUCACAAGUUCUCAAAAUAUGGAGGCACUGUGGCAAAGUUUGGUGCUGUUGGUACCUUACAGUUCUUGAAUGUUUUCCGCUAUAUCUUGUCAUUUAGGAUUCCAUCUAUGGAUUUAAGUUUCCACUUAAAGUCCAAAGUAUUUAUUUUAUUGUUAUCCUGUUUGGGGUGGUUCCUGUUUGACAUUAUUUUAUACCUGGAUAGGCUCUGACAUUUGGAUGAUCUUCAUGGACAAAAAGGUCAAACAAAUAGAAAGGUUUUCAUUUACAGUACAAAGCCCUUUUUAUUCCAGCAGCAUCCCCCAAAAGGCAAGAACCAACCAUGAAUGGGACGUCAGUUCAGCACAGGGCAGACUCACGUACACCACCUCAGUUCACACCAGGUCAGUUUUAUCUUCACAUCUUUUGAAUGAAGGAGGAAACUAGAGUACCAAAAAAAACACCCAGAAACUCACAGAAGCAGCAAACUCCACAAAGACAUUCUUCAGGUUAAAGGCAUCAGGGCUGACCGAUGUGCCUCUGUGCCUUCAUUUUCUGUGAUUUGCCAUUUAAAAUUAUUGUUGUAAAAUGUUUAAGCCUUUAAAAAUUACAAUAAUUACAACUUCAUAUGAGAAAAUAAAAGUGAAAUUGCUGUAUGCAUAAACUGUCUGCAGUAUGCAAAAUGUGAAUUGUAAAAACAUAAACAAUGAAAAAGCUAUACAGACUUUCAGAUGUUCAUAUUCAUUAUGGAUAUUUGCUUUCCUAAAAAGUGCAUUCCCCGGAAGAUAUGUGAUUUUUCAUGUGUUAAACUGCACAAAAAUGAAAUGUUGAAUUAAUAACCGGACAACAAUUAAUUGCUCGUUAGGUUAUUUGAUCUUUUAUAAAUUGCUGUUAGAGUUGUGUUGUGUUUCAAGGCACUACGACUCAUCAAAGUGUCUCUUCACUCAGCUCCACCAUUCCCAAUUUUUCCAUUCCAUUUACUUGGCCUCUCUUCCUCCUUUCUGCAAAUAAGGAAACAGGAGAACACAACUCAGGAUUCUGGUAAUUUUACUGAUUACAUAACAGGUGAAAGCUAUUCUUGAAGAAGGGAGACUAGGUCAAUUCAUUUUAACAUUGGACUUUUUACCAGUGGCAAUGUAUAUCAACAAAUGUGAUGAAACUUCAGUGAAAUAAAUAUAUUUUUUGGCUGAA